AUAGAGGGUAAAGCGGAUCCAUAAGAUCUUUGCUUUACCCUUCUCUCCCCUGUUCCCCUGUUCCCGGCCCCUCCCAUCCCUCUCCUCUCCGCGGGCGGCGGCGGCGGGAUGAGUGAGGCCGGGCCGGGGCCGGGGCCGGUUACCGGGGAGCCGGCGGUGCCGGUGCCGCUGGAGCAGGCGGUGCUGGAAACCUUCUUCUCGCAGCUCGGCGUCUUCUCGCACGACCGGGCCAAGGACUAUGUGGAGCGGGAACGGGAAGGCAGCCGGGCGGCAGGGCCCGCCUGGGCCUCGGGCUGGGCCGCUCUCCUCGCCGCCCUCGGACACCUGGCCGCCGCCGAGAAGGCCUAUCAUGGAAUGGGCUUCCUGGGGCAGAAACUGGGUGGGCAGUCGUUCUUCAGUCGGAAAGACUCCAUACGGACCAUCUACACGUCCCUGCAGAAUGAGUUGCGUAAGUUGGUCACAGCCGGGCGGAGCUCGGCGGCUGGCAACUCCCCACACCUGGAGGAGCUUCUCUCCCACCUGUCGGAGCAGCUCAGUGACUUUGUCCAAGCCCGCAUGGAGAUCGCGGAGUUCUACGAGAAGAUGUACUCUCUCAGCUCGCAGAAGUCCAUCCAGUCAGUGGAGCUGGUGCACUCGCUGGAAUGUAUCCUGCAGAAGUACAGCUCGAGGUUCCAUCACCCGAUCCUGAGCCCGCUGGAGAGCAGCUUCCAGCUGGAGGCAGACGUGCUCACGCAGCUGCUGAAGGCUCAGGCGGAGAUCAGCGAAUGGAGGUUCCUGCCCUCGCUGCUCAACCUGCACGGCGCCCACUCCAAACUGCACAUCUGGGGCCAGAUGUUCGAGAAGCAGCGCGAGACCAGGAAGCACUUGUUCGGGGGCCAGACCCAGAAGGCCCUCCAGCCCCCUCACCUCUUCCAGUGGCUCACCAGGCUGAAGAACGCCCUCCUGUCCAAGUUCAGCUUCUACUUCCACGAGGCUCUGAGCCGCCAGACCGGCCCAUCCGAGAUGAAGGCCCUGACCGCCAAGACCAACCCCGACUACUGCGGCAAGAUCUCCAGCUUCAUCCGCAAGUACGACGCCCAGAACGUCUCGCUCAUCUUCGACAACCGCGGCUCGGAGACCUUCCAGGGCCACGGUUACCACCACCCACACUCGUACAGGGAGGCGCCCAAGGGUGUGGACCAGUACCCUGCCGUGGUGUCACUGCCCAGCGACCGGCCGCUGAUCCACUGGCCCAACGUCAUCAUGAUCAUGUCGGACCGUGCCGCUGAGCUCAACACCCUGGACAAAGUGGUCCACUUCUACGACGACAAGGUCCAGUGCACCUACUUCCUCACCCGACCUGAACCCCAGUUCACCAUCGUGGUCAUCUUCGAUUCCAGGAAGUCGGAGAAGGAUUCCCACUUUCUCUCCUUCCUCAAUGAGCUCUCCACCUCCCUGAAGAACAGCAAGCAUUUUGCCAGCUUGAAACCCGGCUCCAAGGGCUGAUGUCAGUAGCUCUGGCGCAAGUCCACAUUGUUGGCAAGAGAUGUAAACACUGUACACCUAGCAUUACUGGUCCAGCUACGUUUUAUUUCC